AUGGCAGAACUUAUCAUACUCGAACGGACACCUUCACCGCACGUCCACCAGCAGGACCACGAUAAUGAAAAUAGUUAUUGUGAACAUGACAUUGCUGCCGAGGGCCAUGCUGCGCAGUCAAAUGAUUUGCCGGACGCAGAGUACGCAACAGGCGUCAGACUCUGGCUGACCAUACUCUCUGUGGUCUCCAUCCUCGUCCUCGCCAGCAUAGACAUGAAUAUAGUUAGUACAGUAGUACCAGCAAUCACCAAUCACUUUCACACGGUAGCUCACGUCGGCUGGUACUCGUCCGCCUUCAGACUCAGUGUCUGUGCUUUCCAAUUCAUCUUCGGGAAAGCAUACAAGCUCUUCUCUGUCAAGCGUGUCUUUCUCCUGUCUAAUGCUAUCUCCAUAGUCGGAUCUGUGCUUUCAGGCGCUGCUGUCUCGUCGACAAUGCUUGUUGUUGGAAGAGCUGUCGCUGGACUAGGAUCCGCAGGGCUGUUCGCUGGCUCAUUCAUCAUCAUCGCUCAAUCAACGCCUCUUCGUCGACGGCCUGCUUUCCUUGGUGUUCUGGGGGCUGCUGAGGGUCUUGCUACCAUCGCUGCGCCGUUGCUUGGUGGUGCGCUUCAGACCUUGAGCUGGCGAUGGUGCUUCUACAUCAGCGCGCCCACUGGUGCCGUGACUCUUGUUCUUACCAUAUUUUGCCUGUCGAAUGAUCAAAAGUCCAGUGAAGUUAAUGGACUGUCUUUGAAGCAGAAGGUUGCUCAGCUUGACAUUGUCAGCAACAUGUUGCUCCUUCCAGCGCUUGCAAGCCUUUUCCUCGCGCUUUCAUGGGCGGGUACUGUUUAUCCAUGGAGUAGCGGUCAGGUGAUUGGACCUCUACUUGCAUUCGCUGGUCUCCUUGCAUUGUUUAUCUGGAAUCAAAUCCGCCGAGGCGAUGUCGCUGCACUUCCGCCUCGCAUCAUGAAGCAUCGCUGCGUGAUAGCGGGUUUUAUCUUCAUAUUCUGCGUCAACAGCACUGGCGUCGUGCUGGAGUACUAUCUGCCCACUUACUAUCAGCUCGUUCGUGGAUACACCCCCGUCAAGAGUGGCUACAUGAUGUUACCCAUCAUCAUCGCGGCAACAGUCGGUUCACUCAUCCAUGGAGCAGGGACAAGCGCACUCGGCUACUACACGCCUUUCAUGGUUUUCGCAUCCAUCAUCAUGCCAAUUGCUGCAGGACUCAUCACCACGUUCAAGAUUGAUACCAGUUCCGAAAAGCUUAUCGCUUACUCGGCGCUUUCAGGUCUGGCCUAUGGCAUUGGGUUCAUCGGCCCUCAAACUGCUGUACAGACAGUUCUCCCAGCCGAAGACGUCCCGCUUGGCCUAUCUAUCAUGCUGUUUGCUCAAUCUUUCGGCCCCGCUAUAUCAGUGCCCAUUGCCCAGGUGCUCUUCACAAACCGACUUUCAGGUAACCUCGAUGGUGUCGUACCGGGUUUCAAUGGAACGGAAAUCAGCAACAGCGGCCUUACCGAGAUGAUCACCAAUAUGCCAGAGUCUGUCACAAGAGAGGUCCUGGUUGCAAUCGAUAGAAGCCUUGGGCAGACAUGGUAUCUUGUAGCAGGGCUGGCUUCGUUUGCAAUAGUUGGAAGCCUGAUGACGGAAUGGAGAUCAGUCAAGGAGAAACGCGAAUGA